AUGUCAGACGGGAAGUACCGCGACAGUUUGCUGGACGAGGUCUUCGCGAAACGACCUGUACUUAUUUGCGGUGACGCAGUCUUUCAUUUACGAAAGGAUAGGCUGUCGAAACUCCUCAGUAUGAUCUGGACGCACGAAUUGGCUUCAACUAUCGAUAGCACUGCCCGUGGAGUCGAGAUUGCUUCCUUCACACCCGGAGCUAGUCAGACGCAGAUCUGUCGGGACCUCGGGACUGGGCAUAUUGUGCGCAUAGUCAUGAACCUCUUUUGUCAAUCGGCCGAAGAAGGAACCUGGACGUUUAUCCGGGCUUUGAUUGCCGAAGACUACCACGGUCGGUAUUUCUUCAGGAGCGCGCUUGCGAGUGGGGCUAUCCUCAAGCGCGUGACCCUCAGAGGUAACAUCCAGUAG